AAAUGGAUAAAAGAAAAGGUAAGUCCGCCGACUCCCAUUCAUUAUCUCCAGCAUCUGGGACCAUUCUCCUACUUGUCCUCGCCCUUUCUUCCUCAAAAGCAAAAGCAACCAAGCCUGUCUCGCUUCACAGCAAACCCACUCUUUGUGCCUGAGCGGUGCCCCUGCCACCACUUCCUCCUCCUCCCGCCCGUCGCCGACUCUCGCUCGGGGAAGCAGGCGGCAGGCGCCCUUUGCGCCGGGAAGCCGGUGCUGCGAUUGGGCGACGGUCCCUGAGCCUCCAGUUCCGCGUCGGUUUCAAGGCUCCUCCCUCCCGGUGAAAGGCAGACUGCGGGGCGCCUGGAAACCGGUCCGAGGGCGCGCUAGGGAGAGAAGAGCGAGCGAGUUGAGGGAUUGACACAAAUGGUCAGGCGGCGGCGGCGGAGAAGGAGGCGGAGGCGCAGGGGGGAGCCGAGGUCGCUGGGCGGCUGAGAGUUGCGCGCUCUACGGGGCCGCGGCCACUAGCGCGGUGCCGCCAGCGGGGAGUCAGCGAGCCGGGGGCCAGGAAGGCGGGACGCGACCCCGGCGCGCCCGAUACACCCGGGCUCUCCCCGCCGCCCACGCUUCAUGAAUCGCAAGUUUCCGCGGCGGCGGUGGCUGCGGGACGCGGAGCGGGCGCCUGGGGAGCGGGUCGAGCGCAGUUCGGGCUCGACGGCGGGCACCGGCGCGGGGGAGAGCGCCUCGGCCUCAGGGGGAGCCGCCGCCGGCCGCGCCACCGCCGGCCCCAGCGGAGCGGCGCCAGGAAAGGAGCCGAGAAAGUAUGGCUGAGGAGGAGGCGCCUAAGAAGUCUCGGGCCGCCGGCAGCGGCACGAGCUGGGAACUUUGUGCCGCGGCGCUCCCCGCUGGACCGCUGGCGGAGAGGAGCGGGGACACGGGCGCCCGCCGCAACCGCCCCCCAGCUGACUCCGGGAGCUUGGCCUGCAGGCUGCUGCUACUGCUUUGGCUGCUGGAGGCUCCGCUGCUGCUGGGGGUCCGGGCGCAGGCGGCGGGCCAGGGGCCCGGGCCGGGCCAGCAGCCCCCGCCGCCGCCGCCGCCUCAGCAGCAACAGAGCGGGCAACAGUACAACGGCGAGCGGGGCAUCUCCAUCCCGGACCACGGUUACUGCCAGCCCAUCUCCAUCCCGCUGUGCACGGACAUCGCGUACAACCAGACCAUCAUGCCCAACCUGCUGGGCCACACGAACCAGGAGGAUGCGGGCCUGGAGGUGCACCAGUUCUACCCGCUGGUGAAGGUGCAGUGCUCGGCCGAACUCAAGUUUUUUCUGUGCUCUAUGUACGCGCCCGUGUGCACAGUGCUGGAGCAGGCUCUGCCGCCCUGCCGCUCCCUCUGCGAGCGAGCGCGUCAGGGCUGCGAGGCGCUCAUGAACAAGUUCGGCUUCCAGUGGCCUGAGACGCUAAAGUGCGAGAAGUUCCCGGUGCACGGCGCCGGGGAGCUGUGCGUGGGCCAGAACACGUCGGACAAGGGCACCCCGACGCCCUCGCUGCUGCCAGAAUUCUGGACCAGCAAUCCCCAGCACGGCGGCGGGGGGCACCGCGGUGGCUUCCCCGGGGGCGCCGGCGCGUCGGAGCGAGGCAAGUUCUCGUGCCCACGCGCCCUCAAGGUGCCCUCCUACCUCAACUACCACUUCCUGGGGGAGAAGGACUGCGGCGCGCCCUGCGAGCCGACCAAAGUGUAUGGGCUAAUGUAUUUUGGGCCGGAAGAGCUGCGCUUCUCGCGCACCUGGAUCGGCAUCUGGUCAGUGCUGUGCUGCGCCUCCACGCUCUUCACGGUGCUCACGUACCUGGUGGACAUGAGGCGCUUCAGCUACCCGGAGCGGCCUAUCAUUUUCCUGUCUGGCUGCUACACGGCAGUGGCGGUGGCCUACAUCGCGGGCUUCCUGCUAGAGGACCGGGUGGUGUGUAACGACAAGUUCGCCGAGGACGGGGCGCGCACGGUGGCGCAGGGCACUAAGAAGGAGGGAUGCACCAUCCUCUUCAUGAUGCUGUACUUCUUCAGCAUGGCCAGCUCCAUCUGGUGGGUAAUCCUGUCGCUCACCUGGUUCCUGGCAGCUGGCAUGAAGUGGGGCCACGAAGCCAUUGAGGCCAACUCCCAGUAUUUUCACCUGGCUGCCUGGGCCGUGCCGGCCAUCAAAACCAUCACCAUCCUGGCGCUGGGCCAGGUGGAUGGUGACGUGCUGAGCGGAGUGUGCUUCGUGGGGCUCAACAACGUGGACGCGCUGCGGGGCUUCGUGCUGGCACCACUCUUCGUGUACCUGUUCAUCGGCACAUCUUUCCUGCUGGCAGGCUUCGUGUCCCUUUUCCGCAUUCGCACCAUUAUGAAGCACGACGGCACCAAGACCGAGAAGCUGGAGAAGCUCAUGGUGCGCAUCGGAGUCUUCAGUGUGCUUUACACAGUGCCAGCCACAAUCGUCAUCGCCUGCUACUUCUAUGAACAGGCCUUCCGGGACCAGUGGGAGCGCAGCUGGGUGGCCCAAAGCUGCAAGAGCUACGCCAUCCCCUGCCCCCACCUCCAGGCAGGUGGAGGCGCCCCUCCGCACCCGCCCAUGAGCCCAGACUUCACAGUCUUCAUGAUCAAGUACCUUAUGACGCUGAUUGUGGGCAUCACUUCAGGUUUCUGGAUUUGGUCUGGCAAGACUCUCAACUCCUGGAGGAAGUUCUACACCAGGCUCACCAACAGCAAACAGGGAGAGACCACCGUCUGAGACCCGGGUUCCAGCCUGUUCCCAGCACCCGGCCUGGUCCCAGCCCUGGCCCCUCACCCCCCACCAAAGCUGGCCCCCUGGAAUCCUUGCCAAGCCUGGCUACUUGAGCCUUCCUCACUAGCCACUCACUUUUGCAGGCUCCUUUUAACAGCACAGCUCCUGCAGAAGCUUCUGUCCCUGGGGGCAAACGGACUCGAGGGCACAACUGCCAAAGAGGGAUGGACAGACCUCUCUCGCGCCCACACUCUGGUACUGGGACUGUACGCUUUUAUGAUUGUAAAUAGCCUGUGUAAGAUUUUUGUAAGUAUAUUUGUAUUUAAAUGACCGAUCACGCGUUUUUCUUCUCUCCAUUUUUUCUUUUUUUGGUUUAAAUUUUAAUUAUUUAGGGCAGUUAAACCAUUUGAGGCUUUUCCUUCCUACUCUUUUUGGAGUAGUGCAGAGAAAAAACUUGAGUGCACCCUCUGGGUGCUCUUUCAGGUCCUGGCGCACCUCCCUGCAGUGGGUGGGGUGCGUCUGGGGCUGCGCGGCCCGGGUCACUUUCCGCCUCUGCUUUCUGCUCCCUCCCUUGGUUGCUUGGGGUCUGGACGCCUUUGGUACUGAGCUCUGCAAAGCUUCCAGAUCCUGGGGUGGGCCCGCACCCCGCUCCCCCCAACCCUCCACCCCAAGUCUGCCUUUGUCGGGGCAGUUUGCGCAAGCUUGUCCCAAUGAAGCUGAGUAUUUCACUGUCGAGAACCUCUCUUCUAGCUUCCAGGCAGGCCUCGGAUGUGGGCGCUGACAGCCCGGCCUCCCUCUGCACUAGGCUCCAAAGCCCAGACACACUUCUCCUUCCACCUAAGUUGGUUAGAUGUUGAGUGGGAUAACCAGUGCCAAACUUUUUCAAGUCUAAUUUUUGGUGGAUGAGCUCAUUUCAGUCUCUUAAGUGUCUAAAACCUGGUAUGUCUUUGGCUAGCGUCAUGGAAAGAUGUGGUUACUGAGAUCUGGGAAGAGGCAUGAAGCUUUGUGUGGGUUGGGAAGGACUGAAGGUGGGGGUUAUAGAAUGUUAACUAAUUGCACACUGAUGCCUGGCAACCUGCCCCAAGGACUGAGACAGCCUGUGUUUAGGUUUUACCGCUCUGUGAAAUGGAAACGUUAGGUUACCUGGAAAGCUUUGUUAAGGAGUAGAUCUUUGCUUUCCUUAAUAGGACAGCUGCAUGGAAACUGAAUAUGGAAACUUGAAGGAGAUUUCAGUGUAAUAGAUUUCCUCAAAGUGAAGUUUUACUCUCUUAUUUUUAAUCAAAUAAUGAUUAGAUAUCAGAAUGUUAAAAUGUAAAAGUUGUACACUUUCAACAUGUUAUUACGAUUAUUAUUCAACACAUUGUGAAGGAGGAACAAUCCACAUCACUAAUAACACAGUAAGAUUCCAGGAAGUAAAGGAGGUGGAAUAAUUGAUAGGAUUAGCUCCUGAAAUCUACAAAAUACAGGCAUGCAUGCUAAAGGGAAGAUGUGUGCAGGUCUAUUGCAUUAAAUCCUGUGUGCUCCUUUUUUGGAUUUACAGAAAUGUGUCAAAUGUAAAUCUUUCAAAGCCAUUUAAAAAUAUUCACUUCAGUUCUCUAUGAAAAAGAGGAGAAAAACAAUCCUCUUGAUUGUGUUGUUUUAAACUUUGAGAGUUUAUCAAAAUGCUGGUACUUAGGACCUAAAUUUAUCUAUGUCUGUCAUACCCUAAAAUGACAAUGGUCUUUGGAUUUGGUAUGCAUUUAUUCUGCUCACUAUCAAAAAAUCAUCUAUAUUUAUAGAGGAAUAGAAGUUUAUAUAUAUAUAUGCAUAUAUAUAUAUAAUACCAUAUUUUUAAUUUCACAAAUAAAAAAAUCAAAGUUUUAUACAAAAUUAUAUGGUUUUUGUGCCUGAAAACAAAAGAGCUGAAACUGUAUGAACUAUCUUUACAUUUUAGUAUCUCGUAGCCAAUCCCACAGUGUGUAAAUUCAGGAAUUCAAUGAAAAACUAGCCUUGACCAUUAGGUCCUUCGAAAGAAUCAUCCAAUUUGCGUUGUUGUGAUUGAUGUGGAGUCCCUAGAAAAGAUCUGCUCUCAUGACAGUGACAAUAUAAAAUAGAAGUUUGAAAAUUAUUUCUUUACUC